AUGCUGCCCUUUGAUGCUAAUGACAGGCCACGGUCACAAAGUUCGCCCCAGUCCUCAAUGUAUCAUGGACAUGAUCUAACGGCCUGUAACAAUCUACCAACUAUGCCACAUGUAACCAACCCUAUGACUCGACCACAAGAUUCCCAACAAUUUGUGAUCCAAAUGCUACCAACAAAUGCUACAGCACAGCAUGUAUAUGACCAAUUGAACAGUAUUCCAAAAGAACGAACAAGAAAAGAUAGAGCUUGCGACUUAUGCCGACGCAAGAAGAUAAGCCAGUUAACUCCAAAUAAGCCAUGUUCAUCGUGUGAUAACUAUAAGAAGAUGUGUACAUUCAAUGAGGCAGGGAAAAAAAGAGGUCCGCCGAAAGGCUAUGUAGAAAAACUAGAAAGCCGAUUGAAGAGAAUGGAGGAUCUACUUAUGAAUAUGUCUGAUAAUGGAAAUGAAAGUUCUGAUUCAAUCAAAGCACUACUGAAAGGAAAAGAAGUGGACAUUUCAGAAGACAUUGAACAAGCUUACAGUGACGAAAGUGAUACAGACAUCCAGACUAAUGAAUCAGCCAAUACCAAGAGGAAAAAUUCAGAAGAAAGCGAAAACAGUGAAGAUCAAUGGAGAAAAAGAAGAGAAAUCACAUAUUCACCUGCCCAAAACCCACAGACCACCUCAAACCAAUCCGUGUCUCCUUCAUUACACAAGUCAGCUGCGCCAUCCCCGAGAAAUUGUGGAGCACAAAAUUCACCGUAUUCUACUGACUCUGAGAAUCCUGGAUAUAAUGAUUCCUUUAUGGGUAGCUCUUCUGGUGUGUAUCUAUUGGGUAAAUUGUUCGAAAUGACCGGAAGGAACAUGAAAGACUUGACCCACGAUAUAGCAAAGCCGCUAGACAAUCAUGAAGACGAUCUGAUAAUCUCAAUUUCUAAAACUGGAAUAUUCAAAGAAGACCUAUUCAAUUUUCCACAUGGAAAUGAUUCUGUGCCCUGGAGACUCCCUCCAAAAGAAGUUAUAGACCACCUGGUUGAUAUAUACUUUACGCAGAUGAAUAUAUUCGUACCAAUUGUGGAUGAAGAAUCAUUUUAUGAUACGUAUAGAAACGACUUUGACUCCCAGUCAAUGGUUCUUCUAGCUGCGAUCUGCCGUUCUUCUUGUCGUAUUAUGGAUGAAAACAACCCUUCGGCCCGAAAGAACUACAUAACACGCGUCCAACUUUAUGAUUCCUUGACGGAGCAAAUCAAAGAGAAAUUCGACCUUGAUUUAAUACAGCCAAGAAUCGAAACAAUACAAAUCCUAUUAUUAGGGGCAUGUAACGCUACAAAAUGGUCUGCAGAUGGUGUAGACUGGAUAGCUAUGAGUAUGGCAAUAAAAUUGGCCCAGGAACUUGGUCUACAUCGUUCAAGGAGUACAUGUGGAGCAACCAAAGAAACAAUUAAAUUCUACAAAAGAUUGUGGUGGUCCGCCUAUGUUAUUGAUCGCUGGAUAUGUGGCUGCCUCGGAAGGCCCUUGAUGAUUUCUGAUGCUGAUUGCGAUGUAGACCUACCAGAAAUCGAUUCUGAAACAGAGGAACCAUUACCUUCAAACAAAUAUAUUACUUUCUUUUAUCUCGUAAAAUUGUCUGAGAUAUUGAGCGAUGUUCUUCGUACACUCUGUUCUCCGCGUGCACGAAUUGUUAAUCAUAACGAAGAAAUAUACAAUCAAGCAAGAGUGAAUAUCGAGCGGAUGCUAAAAGAAUGGGAGCAAACUUUGCCUAGUAAUCUCAAGAUAACGGAGGAGGAAUUUGAUAUGAUACGCCGAAAGGAACUAUCUCCUGAACUUGCACAGAAAAUAAACAGUGGCUCUGGACAACUCUAUUUAGGUUACUGUGCCGUUAAUCUCCAAGUAAAACGACCGUUUUUGUUACCUGAUUCCAAACUGAAGAAAAAUGAAAAAAUCCUGAGUGGUUGCAUGAAAUAUAUGGAGAGAGCAAUCGAGAUUUUGGAUGUAAUUGAUGUUCAAACAUUCCUCCAAUUUGGAUGGUCUAUUUCAAGUUUUGUGCUGGCUCAAGUUUACACCUUUGUCCUUUUCAGCCAUCAAAAUAAUGAUAAAACCACUGCAGAACUUGCAAACAGACAGCUAUUUAUCUUGAGCUAUAUGUACAAGCGCUUAGAAGCAUAUAUAACAGAGCCUUCAAUGAUGCCAGUACUUGAGCUGAUGUGUAAAACAGUAAACGAAUCAUAUACUACAAGUAAUAACAACAAGAACACCACUAUGCUACCUCCCUCCCUCGGUUGA